CAGGCUCACUUGUAUCCAGCUCUGUGUCUGUGAAGAGUGACCAGUCAAAACCUGAACCACCGAACUUCUGUGACAAAAAACCACCAUCUGCCAGAAGGAUUCAAUAUGAGACAUUAGAUUCAGAUGUCCAGAAUCACGAGAACCACAAGAAUUUCAAAGACAAUCUCUUAGGGAUCUUCCAGGAUCUUGAGAGCAAAAUAAUCAGUUUCCUGAAGAUUGAGCUUGAAAAGUUUAGGAAAAUAUUACAAAAAGACAUCACACAAUCCUUUGUGAAGGACUUUAAUGAGAAUAAAUGUAGUAUCAAAGAAGCAGCUCUUGAUCUCACACUCUACUUCCUGAGGGAGAUGAAGCAAGAUGAAGCUGCUGAUACUCUAGAAGAUGAUCUAAUUUUCAUUCAUCAGCUAAAAUGUAGCCUAAAGAAGAAGUAUCAAUGUGUGUUUGAAGGAAUUACAAAGCAAGGUGACUCUACACUUCUAAAAAACAUCUACACAGAUCUCUAUAUCACUCAGGGUUGUAGUGAACAGGUCAAUACUGAACAUGAGGUAAGGCAGAUUGAAGUUGCUUCCAGGCGUCACGAAUCACAAGAAAUACCAGUUGAAUGCACAAAGAUGUUUGAAGCACCUGAACAAGACAAGCAGAUCAGAACUGUACUGACAACAGGAGUUGCUGGCAUCGGAAAAUCAGUCUCUGUGCAGAAGUUUAUUCUGGAUUGGGCUGAAGGAAAAGAAAAUCCAGAUAUUAGUUUUAUGUUUCCUCUUCCAUUCAGAGAGAUGAACCUAAAGGAGAAAGAAAAACUAAGUUUAAUGGACCUUAUAACUCAGUUUUUCCCAGAGACAAAAGGACUUAACCUUACAAGAAGAAAUAAAUUUAAAGUUCUGUUCAUCCUUGAUGGAUUGGAUGAAUGUCGUCUUCCUCUGAACUUUGAUGGUAAUGUGACGUGGGCUGAUAUAUCAUCACCUGCCUCUCUGGAUGUUCUCCUGACGAACCUCAUCAAGGGAAAUCUGCUUCCUUCUGCUCUCAUCUGGAUCACCACCAGACCAGCAGCUGCCAGUAAGAUUCCUCCUGACUGUAUCGACCAGCUGACAGAGAUACGAGGAUUCAAUGAUGCACAAAAGGAAGAGUACUUCAAAAAAAGAUUCAUGGAUGGCAAUCGGGCCAAAGAAAUCAUUGAUCAUGUUAAAAAAUCAAAGAGUCUGUUUAUCAUGUGCUACAUCCCAGUCUUCUGCUGGAUUUCAGCGACUGUUUUUCAGAACAUUUUAGAGGAGAAAAGAAAGAAUGAUCUGAAAAACAAUGAGGCUGGUGACUCCUCCAAAACACUGCAGGAAUCAAACACUGAAGACACUCCCAAGACUCUGACACAAAUGUACACACACUUUCUCCGCUUUCAGAUCCAGCAGAGAAGACGAAAGUACGAUGGAGAAUACGCACCAGAUGUUUCCUGGGAUAAAGACGCCAUCCUUUCACUGGGGAAACUGGCAUUUCAACAGCUGGAAAAAAACAACCUGAUCUUCUAUGACACAGAUCUGGAGGCCUGUGGUAUUGAUGCCUCUAAAGCAUCAGUGUAUUCAGGCAUGUGUACCCAGAUCUUUAAGGAGGAAACAGGGAUCAUUCUUGGUACCAUGUACUGUUUUGUUCACUUGAGCAUUCAAGAGUUUAUUGCAGCCCUUUAUGCACAUCUGUUUCUAGACAAAAACAAGACAAGCGUAUUUGUUCAAGACUCUACAGAACAGGAAAACAAAAAUGAAGCCAUGAUUGAUUUGCUCAAGACUGCAGUGGACAAGGCACUUGAGAGUGACAAUGGACAUCUGGACAUUUUCCUUCGUUUCCUUCUCGGUCUGUCACUCCAGUCCAAUCGACGACUCUUACGAGGUCUUUUGACACAGCAAGACUGCAAUGACCAGAACUACAAGGAAAUAGUUCAGUACAUCAAGCAAAAAUUAGAAGAUGAUUUGCUCAAGACUGCAGUGGACAAGGCACUUGAGAGUGACAAUGGACAUCUGGACCUUUUCCUUCGUUUCCUUCUCGGUCUGUCACUCCAGUCCAAUCGACGACUCUUACGAGGUCUUUUGACACAACUAAAUGAUUGUAAUUUAACAGACAAAAGCUGUCCAGCUCUGGCUACACUUAUUGGAUCAGAUACCAGUCUGAAAGAGCUGAACAUGAACAAUAAUAAUCUGCAGGAUUCAGGAGUGAAGAAAAUCUGUAGUGGACUGAAGAGGGUAAAGUGUGAAUUAGAGAUACUGAGACUUUCAAACUGCAGUAUCACAGAAGAAGGUUAUAAAGCUCUGGCUUCAGCUCUGAGAUCAAACCCUUCACACCUGAUAGAGCUGGAUCUCACAGGAAAUGAUCCUGGACAUUCAGGAGUGAAGCAGCUCACUAACGUGCUACAGAAUAGAUACUGUAGAUUAAAGAUACUCAGGCUAAAUGGUUGUAAUUUAACAGACAAAAACUGCUCAGCUCUGGCUACACUUCUUGGAUCAGAAACCAAUCUGAAAGAGCUGAACAUGAACAAUAAUAAUCUGCAGGAUUCAGGGGUGACUUAUCUCUGUACUGGACUGAAGAAUAUGAAGUGCAGAUUGGAGAUACUGAGGCUCAGUAAGUGUGAUCUAACAGAGAAAAGCUGUUCAGAUCUUGCUUCAGUUCUCAAUUCAGACUCCAGCAGUCUGAAGGAUCUUGACCUGAGCAACAACAAUCUGCAUGAUUCAGGAGUGAAGCUGCUCUCUGAUGGACUGAAAGAGAACUGUAAACUAGAGAAACUCAGAUUUUCAAACUGCAGUAUCACUGAAGAAGGUUAUAAAGCUCUGGCUUCGGCUCUGAGAUCAAACCCUUCACACCUGAUAGAGCUGGAUCUCACAAGAAAUAAUCCUGGACAAUCAGGAGUGAAGGAGCUCGUUGAUUUACUACAGGAUGGACACUGUUCAUUAAAGACCAUCAGGUUUCUGAAAUGUCCUGGUGCACAGGAAGUGUGUGAGUGUCUCACUGAAGUUCUGGGUAAAAAUCCAUUAUUACUGCAAGAACUGGAUCUGAGUGGAGACAUAUUAGAAGCCCUGGAUGGGGAGAAGCUCUCUGCUCUUUUGAUGGACUCUCAUAGCAAGGUGGAGACAAUUAAUGUGAAUAAUUGUGAGCUGACAGAGAAGAGCUGUUCAGUUCUAGCUACUGUUCUCUCCUCCAAAACCAUGCUGGAAGAGAUGAACCUGAACAACAGCCGUCUGCUGGACUCAGGAGUCAAAGAGAUCUGUGAGGGACUGAAGAAUCCUGUGUCUUUCCAGAGGAUCUUGGGCCUGAUGGCAGCCAUAUCCCCUGUGAUACCAAUGUGCCUGCUCCACAUGCAACUCCAGCAACUUUCAAACUGCAGUAUCACAGAAGAAGGUUAUAAAGCUCUGGCUUCAGCUCUGAGAUCAAACCCUUCACACCUGAUAGAGCUGGAUCUCACAGGAAAUGAUCCUGGACAUUCAGGAGUGAAGCAGCUCACUAACGUGCUACAGAAUAGAUACUGUAGAUUAAAGAUACUCAGGCUAAAUGGUUGUAAUUUAACAGACAAAAACUGCUCAGCUCUGGCUACACUUCUUGGAUCAGAAACCAAUCUGAAAGAGCUGAACAUGAACAAUAAUAAUCUGCAGGAUUCAGGGGUGACUUAUCUCUGUACUGGACUGAAGAAUAUGAAGUGCAGAUUGGAGAUACUGAGGCUCAGUAAGUGUGAUCUAACAGAGAAAAGCUGUUCAGAUCUUGCUUCAGUUCUCAAUUCAGACUCCAGCAGUCUGAAGGAUCUUGACCUGAGCAACAACAAUCUGCAUGAUUCAGGAGUGAAGCUGCUCUCUGAUGGACUGAAAGAGAACUGUAAACUAGAGAAACUCAGAUUUUCAAACUGCAGUAUCACUGAAGAAGGUUAUAAAGCUCUGGCUUCGGCUCUGAGAUCAAACCCUUCACACCUGAUAGAGCUGGAUCUCACAAGAAAUAAUCCUGGACAAUCAGGAGUGAAGGAGCUCGUUGAUUUACUACAGGAUGGACACUGUUCAUUAAAGACCAUCAGGUUUCUGAAAUGUCCUGGUGCACAGGAAGUGUGUGAGUGUCUCACUGAAGUUCUGGGUAAAAAUCCAUUAUUACUGCAAGAACUGGAUCUGAGUGGAGACAUAUUAGAAGCCCUGGAUGGGGAGAAGCUCUCUGCUCUUUUGAUGGACUCUCAUAGCAAGGUGGAGACAAUUAAUGUGAAUAAUUGUGAGCUGACAGAGAAGAGCUGUUCAGUUCUAGCUACUGUUCUCUCCUCCAAAACCAUGCUGGAAGAGAUGAACCUGAACAACAGCCGUCUGCUGGACUCAGGAGUCAAAGAGAUCUGUGAGGGACUGAAGAAUCCUGUGUGUGAGCUGAAGAUACUCAAUAGAGCAAAUGUGUGCAAGAAUGGAACUUCUGUUUACUGUCAGAACUCCAGUUUAGACAGUGCAUCCAGGAUAGAGAGAAUCACUGAUUAUAAUUUGUUCUAUGAGAAACAGUGCCUCAUCCUGACUUCAGCUCUGAAAUCAAACCCAUCACACCUGAGAGAACUGAACCUCAGUGGGAAUAAAAUAAAGAACACAGGAGUGAGGCACAUAUGUGAUCUCCUGAAUGAUUUCCACUGUAAACUGGAGAGAUUGAGGUUAAGAUACUGUGAUAUGACAGUUGAAGGAUGUUCUGCUGUGACUUCAGCUCUGAAAUCAAACCCAUCACACCUGAGAGAACUGGACCUGAGCGGGAAUAAACUAAAAAACACAAGACAAAAAACACAAUUAUAUGAUGUACUGAAGGAUUCACAGUGUAAAAUGAAGCAAAUGAGAUUCACAGGCUGUGACAUGACCGAUAAAGAUUGUUCUGCGCUAACUUCAGCUCUGAAAUCAAACCCAUCACACCUGAGAGAGCUGAACCUGAGUGGGAAUCAACUAGGAGACUCUGUUGUUGAAAACCUUGGGCUUCUAUUAGGAAGCUCACAAUGCAAGCUGGAAAAACUACAUCUGUGUGGAUGCAGAAUUACAGCGAAACACUGUAUCAUCCUGUCUCCAUCCCUGUGUUUAAACCUUUCACACCUGAGAGAGCUGGACCUCUGUCAGAAUAAAAUAGAAAACAAAGGAUUGGAGAUCUUGUGUGAAAUACUGAAUAAUUCACGGUGUCAACUGAAGAGAUUGAGUCUAAAUGACUGUGGCAUUACAGAUGUUGCACAUUUAACCCAGUCUUUGGCCAAGACAAAAGCAUUGACUUUUUUAAAAGAACUUGAUCUGAGUAACAAUAACAUUGGAUACUCGAAAAAGCAGCUCAUUGACGUGCUACAAGACUCAAACUGUAGUCUAAGCCUGGAGAAAGAACACUGGCUCAGCUGGAGCACUGCAAAUAUCAUUAGUAGUAUUGGUGGAUGGUUAACUCGUUCUAAAGCUCAAGAGAAACCUGUGAAAUCAACAGAUGAGGAAUCCUCAGAAGGUUCUCACUAUAGUACCGUUAUAAAUGCAGCUCAAGAGGAACCUAUGAAAUCAACAGAGCAAGAAAAGUCACCAUCAGAUGAGGAAUCCUCAGAAGGUUCUCACUAUAGUACCGUUAUAAAUGCAGCUCAAGAGGAACCUAUGAAAUCAACAGAGCAAGAAAAGUCACCAUCAGAUGAGGAAUCCUCAGAAGGUGAAACAGAGAAGGGAGACGAGGCUAGUGAGUGCUCCGAUGCGGUGGAUUGACUGGAUAUAAAUCCAUAAGAUAAGGCCUUCAUCAUAAUGAUGCUUGGAUUAAACUAAUCCAUAAUGAAACAAUUACAAUAUUGCUACUCAUGACUGUGAUUGUAAUUUAGCACUUAAAUAUAUCAAAUUAUAUAAACUGAAAGUGUACAAUUAAAAUAUUGUGGGCUACAUGUGCACAAAUUCAAAUCAGUAGUAUGCACUGAUCUACACUGAAAAAAGGUAUUUUGAAUUUACUUAAUUUUAUUGUGUACAUCAGUCCCACAUGAUCAGAAUGUUGUCAACUGACAUAAUUGUCUACUUUUUCUCAACUUGAUGUUUUAAUGAUAAUAUUAAGGUAUUAAGCAACCUAACUUGCUUUAAGUAAACUCCAUCCAAAUGUACCGUAGACAUGUUCAAAUGUGUGUGACUGUAAAUACAAAAUAUUAAAUGUAAAAAUGCAUAUUGGCAUUGACA